UAUUUUCUAAAAUGUCAAACUACACUUUUAAGUGUUUUAGAGAUUAAACAUUCCACUUCAGUGUUCAUAAAGUUUGGGACAGGCAGUAGAUCUGAUUUAUAUGUAAUGCAUUUCUCAAACCUAGAGAUAUUUUCUGCAGUUUCUUUUUCAGCAUUAAAAUCAAUGCAACGUUUUAAACUGAAUCGUACUGGUGAGCAUUAACUGAACAAGCAAACUUUCUUUCCUCAUACCAACGUGUGUUUCUUCUCAGGUGUUCCCAGGCUCUAUGCAGGUUUCUUAUCCUACUCAUUCAUACCAAGCAGGAAUCAGGACAAGCAAGAAACCUGAUCCACAAACUAGCAGAGUCCCCUCCCUGUUGUUCCUCCUUCUCAUACCUGCACACAGCAAAACACAACCAGCGGUAUUUACAGUUGAGUGAAGCUUGCAGUAAAAAUGUUCUGUGGCUCAACAGAAGGCGAAUUUUGUUUCUGCUUUUGACUGCAACCUAAAUACAUGCCUCGGAUUUGUUUUUUGACAAGAUGCGGACCCAGCUCGUUGGUAUUUGUCUGGCAAUCAUUGGCCUUCUUGGCACCAUUCUUAUCUGUGGACUACCCAUGUGGAAGGUGACAGCCUUUGUCGGGGCAAACAUCAUCACCUCUCAGGUCUUCUGGGAAGGUUUAUGGAUGAACUGUGUGAUCCAGAGCACGGGUCAGUCGCAGUGUAAGGCCUACGACUCCAUUCUGGCUUUACCACAAGAACUGCAGGCUUCCAGGGCUCUGAUCUGUGUCUCCAUUGCUGUCAGCGUGGUGGCCAUCGGGCUCACUGUGGUCGGGGCUCGCUGCACCAACUUCUUUCGUGACGACUGGCGGAACAAAUCCAAUAUUGGCCUGUCAGGAGGUGUGGUGUUUAUAAUCGCAGGGCUCCUGUGUAUUAUUCCUGUCAGCUGGUCAGCUCACAGCAUCAUCACAGGUUUCUACAACCCCUUGGCCACCAGCGAGAGGAGAGGAGAGCUAGGGGCAUCCAUCUAUGUGGGCUGGGCAUCUGGAGCUCUGCUUGUCAUUGGUGGAGGGGUCUUGUGUAGCACGUACAGAUGCUGAGGAGAGAAAAGGAGAGAAGAAGAGCGGAGGACAUGCCAUCCAUCAAAUACAUAAUGUAAUUUAAAAUGGACAAAAAUGUGUUUACUGUGACUAUUUGAUUCAGUUUCUGAUUAAGGCUUUUCAACAUUUCUUUCAACCUUUGUUAAUUGCACUAUAUUGAUAUUUUACAAUAAAUCACAUGUUUGAAAUAUUAAAAAGUGUAGAAUGUGAAAAAGUAGAAGUUACAUUUAUGUUUUUUGUUUUUAAUGUGAAGAUUGACAAAAUGAAGUAGUUGUAUAAUGUGACAUUGGGAUUGUUUAUAUAAAAAAAAGAUGUUUAAUUCAGCGGUCUGAGUUUAUGUGAAGUGUUUCAACAUGUACUGUACAGUACAAAUUAUGAAUGAUGCAAGAAUAAUCAGUUUUUAAGACCUUUAAAGCCUGUUGGGGUCAUAUUUAAUCAUUUUCUUAUACAGUAUUUUUCUUUUUUUACAAAUGAAGAUAACUGCCAGUGUGGUGAGAAAAUUUCUCUUGUACAAGACAGUUUUGAUUGUUUUGGGUAUUGAAACAAAAUAAAGAAAAUCAAUGAGCUAAAUAAAAAUUGACAUUACUCUUUAUCAAACAAGAGUUGUGAAAGAAGUUUAAUUAAUCUGGAAACAACUGAAAUGUCUCUGUUCACUGUCAGACUUUGCUAUUUUUCAUCAGUAACUGAACUAUGUUUGCUGAGCUGUUCAGUCGUUGGGCAUGCUUUGCCACGUCAAUUGAAGGAAACUAUGAAUGCUUGUAUAUUUGUAUACUAACAAACCAA